CAAUAGAUAUCUAUAACAACUGGCUUCAUAAGAAAUUGUUUGACUAGAUAAGGUAUUGAUAAACGCAUUUUGUAUGUUGAUUAACGCCAAACAAGAUGGAAACAUUUAUAACUCUGUUGAUUUUGAGUAGUAUGAAAUAUGAUUGGACAAGUCAAGGAGGCUUGAAAUAUAACUUUACUAUAAAUGUCAUAAAUAGAGCGUAUGAUUAUGGUGGAAGUGUGACUAUAUUAUGUAAGUUUGAGGGAUGUUGUUCAACGUUUGCUGCAUGGGAGGCUUGGAAAAGAGGGUCCAACGAUGACUUUGAGCCUAUUUUCACAGACGUUACUAAUCUCCGUAUGUCUAACACAUCCAAAUAUGAUGGAGGUAUUCGUCCUGACGGUUAUACUCUUAUAAUUCGAAAUCUAUCAAGGGCUGAUUUAAACAUGUAUUACACAUGCACUUAUGGUUCUCAUAGAAGUGAUAAGAAGCUGUUGCUUAAAGAGGAUGUAUUUCACAAAGUCACAUAUUCAACGCAAACAACAAGAAAACCCAAUAAUAAAAGCGGAGUACACAUAGACAAUAGGAUACUAGGUGUUUCAUUUCUGGUACUACUGCUAAUAAUUAUAGUAAUGCUAAUAUUGUGGGUUUGGUAUAAAACAAGAUGUCGCAGGAAUGGAAGAAAUAUACAUAAAGAGCCAGAACAUAUAGACCCACAAUCAAUGACAAGUCUAAUUUGUGAACAAGAAAAAAGUCACGAUCAAAAUCAUGGAGAGAUAAUGCAAGAUGAAUUCGUAAUAUUCUGUCUCUGCAGUAGCAACAAUUCGGAUAAAAAAUAUACACGUGAUCUUAAAAAAAGACUAGUGAAUUAUCAUGGUUUAAAGUCUGUCAAUAUUAAAUCAAAUGUGGAUUUUUUACCUGGUCAACCUUAUUAUUAUCUCCCGGAUGAUGUGUCAAAACUGAUAAUUAUCAUUUCAAAUGAAUAUGAAAUGGAUGAUCACUUUUCAAAGUUCGUUGAACAAAUUGUAAAUCAAUCAUUCACCGAAAACAAACUUGCUUAUAUUUUUCCUGUUCUCAGAUCAGAUAGCGUAAUAACCCCAAGAUGCCUGACCAAUAUUGCCGUUUUUUCCGGAGAAACAGAUUCUUUCAAGAAUUUGGUUACUGGUAUAUUACAAUGUAAAACUUUACCUGGAAUCAUAAAAUGUAGUUUGUCUUUAAUAGACAGCAGGAAGAUAUUUUCAUCUCGACCACAAAACAUUACAGAACUUAAUAUCAAGCCUGAUAAUUUGGAAAACUUUGAACGUCUGACAAUUGAAUUAUUGAUCGACUGGGGUGUAAAUAUAGAUAUAGACGGACGAUUGAGUAUCGAUAUAGUUAGAAUACAGGAAAAAAGUCAAAACAGUCAGGUUUGUUUAGGAGAUAUUUUUGCUAAUCGCAUGAUAUAUGUAAAACGUAUUAACUUUGUCAGGUUGUAUGGUGUUGAACAUUGCAACAUAAAACAAUUUAAACUUCCUUUGCACAUGAAAAAUCAAGUCAAAGGGGUCUUUAGGGUUAUAAUAAGAAAACUGAACGAAAAAAAAAAGUGGUUUUAUCACUACAAACGUAACAGCUUAAUGUCUACUGGUUCUAGUGAAGAAGCGUUUAGAUUAAUGAAACAGAUUCUCCAGGAGGAGGAACCAGUCACUAUUUUUCCGCAAUUUAAAGCAUAUGAAUCUCGUCUAAAAACUUUCAGUGGUUAUCCAAUUGAAGGAAAAUCUUUCAGAGAAAAUAUGGCAAAAGCUGGGUUUUUCUAUUUCAAUAUUGCUGAUUACGUUCAAUGCUUUACUUGUGGCGGAUGUCUCUGUAAAUGGAGUAACAAACACGAUCCAGUGUUAAGACACAAAGCUUAUUUUAAAAGUUGUAAUUUUUCAAAACGAAUUCAUCCUCAACAAGUAGCCGAAUCAGAAACACAAGGAUUGUGUAGCGACACAAUUAAAAGAUAUCAAGGCAGACUUAAGUCCUUCAUUCAAUUUCAUCGUCAAUUUCCUGCACAAAAAAACAUAACGGCUAAAGAUAUCCGGCGAUUAGCAUAUGCUGGAUUUUAUUACUGUGGAAUAACCGAGGAUAUAGCAUGUUACGCAUGUGGCAUUUGCUAUACAACAAUGCAGUACAGUAAACAAAUAAACCAUUUUCACAAGAAACAUUCUCCAUUUUGUCCACACCUCACAAGAAAUAUAGACCAUAUCUCAGACAAUCCGGAACAAACAUAUGCAGAAAAGGCUUUUGAACCAUAUCUAGAACUGGAAUAUCACGAACACGAACUUACGUAUACUGGAUCUACCUAG